AUCCUUCCGUGAUAUAUUUUUGUCAAAACUAUUAUUUCGAAAUUGAUCUCUUCUCCUAAUAUGUUGAAUUUUUCAUGGUUAACAAGUAAAUAUUUGGUGUGUCAAGCAGCGGUCUCCAUUCCUUUGUCACUUUUAGACUGGAGAAAUGAGUCAGACAAUGAAUCGAAGCACAUCUAAUCCCGCAGAAGACGCAAGUUUUAACUGCGUAGAGGAAAUGAAGGAACUUUUUAUGGAUCCUGCUCUCAGGAAGAUGAAGGAUGUCGAAACCAAAAAGGGCAGAAGUCGUUGUUCAAGUAAUUUGAGUAACAGUUUGAAGAUUGAGCCUUCUCUUGCAGCAGUUGAAGCACACGUGAAGGUUGUAGAUCCAACUUUUAGCACCGCAGGUAGCCAUCUCAUGACAAGAAGAAUCACCAUAGCUGGGGGAUUCCUUGACAUUGCACUAUUUACUGCCAAUUGUGAGCAACUGAAAUUUGUUCUGGAAUUGGGAUACUUUCAUUUGUAUUAUAAGCACGUGCUUGGUCUUCUAAUAACUUCACUUGUACUUCAACUUCUGGUGGGACUAACUAUGUUUCUGCUUGGCUGCCAAGUGAUCAAGAAUGCCAGUGAUGAGACAUACUCCAAUUUUUUAAAUCAUACUACCAUGGGAUUAGUAGCACUUAUCACCAUUGUCAAUAUAUUUAUAGGCACCUUCGGACCCAAAGGAACAGUAAUGGCACGCUGUUUAGGUGCUUUCGCAUAUCCUAAUACUUCUGGCCCAAUGUGGAUGUCAUAUCUUAACGCAACAAGGAACUAUAUGAUUAACGGUGUUAUCUGAGUUUCUAGAUUUCCAAGGAGCCGCUAUGUACUGAUAAAUAAGACAAGAACAUUUACCAGCUGCAAACUAUCUAUGACAACUAGCUAUAUAUAAACUACCACUCUGGAAUUAACAUGAGAAAUAUUUUCAUUCUUAUGCUGUAAAUUAAUAAACUAAAUUAUCCAGAUUAUAUUUGUUUUACAUAUUUUAUAUAUUAAUUUAAUUUAGUAAAUGUGUGCGUUUUUAAACAGAGACGCUGUUGCUUUCCUGUUAGGCUAUGUGUUAUGCCCCAUAAAUGAAUUUAUAAAAAUGCCGAAAAUCGAGCGAGAGCCUAUCUAUGCUCAUAGUGCAAAUUAAUAAAAUAGAAUAGUUUAAAAGCAGUUUCUUAUUUUUUUAUGGUGUGUGUGUGUGUGUGUGCGCGUGAAAUGGGUUCAGUCUUCAUCUAAUGAACUAAUGUCUUAAUACAGUUCAGUCAGUAAUAUUGCAUUCUCUGCCAUAAAUAAUCUGAAGACUGAGUUAUGGAUUUUUUUUCUUUCUUUGCUUUCUUAAUAGCUGCAAACAGAAUAUGACAUCUGACUGUAUAUAAACCACCAUUAUAAAUUAGUAUAAAAAAUGUUUAUUGCCUUAAAUUAUUAAGGUUUAUUUAUCGCAAAGUAAGGCUCAAGAACUGAAGACCAAAAUUUGUCUGUGCUUUUAUAAGGUAUAAUAAGUGACACAUUUGUACUCUUACACAAUAAUAACAUAAUUUUUUACUCUCUUUUGUGGUUAAAGUUUGGAAUAUACUGCUUUCAGCCUAAAAUCUUUAGAUACUGCAAUUUUAUGACUUAAUAAAAUCAUCUACCAGUAGUAAAGUUCUGUGUAGUUAUUCUUCUGUUGUCUCUUUUCUAACAAAGGUAAAUAAUAAUAUUUGCCCUUCAAAGUGUUUUCAUAUAAGAUGGAAAUACUGGCCAUUUGUUUUAGAAAAUCUUCCACGAGACUUCACUUCGUGACUAAAUUUUAUUAUAACCAAUUAUUUUUAGUUUUACUUUUCUUUCCCUUCUGAUUUCAGUUUCCUGCCGGAAUGCAAAUUUGUAUUGACGCAGUAUGCUAAUCUAAACAUGUUUGAGAAGCAGUAUUUAAGCUGCGCUUCAAGAUUUCGAAAGGAGUACUAGCGGAGUUAGUUCCGAGUUUGCUGUGUGUUUGAAAUUAGCUAUCUAGUCGGUCUUAGAGACAUCUUUCAGUUUAUACUGAUAUUUCUAGACUCGACUUUGCUGAGUGCAGCCGAUUUAGCGUUUAGUUAAACAAAGAAGACAGUCGUUAGCUAUCUUAAUUUAAUAUGCAUUUUACAUUCUUAUUUUCUACUAAUUUAGUUAGCCACAAGUGGCGGUGACUUGUGCGUGCAUCUGUUUAACUUAUUUUAAAUAAAAAGGUUAUUUAAAACCUUCUUCUGCAGUAUUUAUUCUUCAAAGAUAUAGCAGCUAGCAUUCGCUACUUCAUCAUCUACGUAGAGUCCACGUUGUAUGCUACCAAAAGGAACAUGGAGACUCUCUAAGUCUUUCCUGUAUACGAAUAGCCUUAGUAUGCUUUGCUGUAAAUAACUGCAUUAAAUUUGUUUUCCAUAGAGGUUUUUGUUAUCUUAUACUGAUAAUCUUCAUAUAAGAUAAGAAUAAGAAUAAAAUAUAUAUCUUUUAUCUAAUAUUUAUCCUGCAGAAAUCUAAAUUAUAUUAUAUAUAAAUUAUUUAUGUUCGUGAUAUAUAAACUUAUAUUCGUAAUUUUUAUCAUAUAACAUAUGAAAACUUCAGAACAGUAUCAAAUAAAAUUGUCUGAUUUAUUAUGUUAUUAAAAUUAAUAUUAUGUCAAACAGUGAUUUUUCCUGAAACUUAAUAUUUUCCUUCUUUUAAGCUGACUUAUGUUAAUGUUAAAAAAUGUCGCAUGCAUAAAGCACUGAAAGGUAUUGAAAGGCUUGUAAGGUCGUUAUUAAAAGUAUGUAAACUUUUAUAAAGUAUACUUUCUUAAAUACGCUAUGCGUAGUUUUCCUAACUAAGACUGAAUUAAAUAUAUUUUCACAAAAUUUGCGGAAAAUAUUGUUUAGCCUAAAGAUAGUAUCUUGAUGAAAACAAAAUUCCAAUUUAGAAGGAAGAGACACACACCAUCCUGAAUGUUUCUUGAAUGGAAAAAAUUUCAAUUUUGUUUGGUAUUCAAGACAUUAGAACGAUACCGAUGUUAGUUACUUUACAAGUAUUAGCCAAGGGGCAUUAGUUACUUUACAGCAGAAUAAUUUACCUCAGAAUAACGUUAAUGGGCAUUGUUGCUUUCCUUGAUGUGGCAUUCAUCAUCUUUUUAUUGAAAUAAAAAUAAAGUAAAUGUUGAAUUUU